UCUGAUGCCAGAAUUAUGCGUCCAGGGUCAAACAGCCAAUUGCAGAAGGAACAGAUAGAACGUAGAAAUACAGAAGCUCAGACUAAGGUGACAUUUAACAUGGCGGCGCCCUGUACUGUACUGGGUCGUGCUUGUGUCCGGGGAUUUGUUUGGAAGGGCGCAACUAAUAAUAACACCGCUAUUGGGUAUUUGGGCUCUAACUGCUGGAGAAGAAAUUAUACUGCGAAGGUAUCUGUUACCGGAGAAAAGAUCACCCACACUGGCCAGGUUUUUGAUGAGUAUGACUACAGAAAAGUAAGAUUUGUUGGACGACAAAAGGAGGUUAACGAGCAGUUUGCCAUUAACCUGAUUGCCGAGCAGCCAGCGAAUGAAUCCGAUAGCAGAAUUGUCUCGUGUGAUGGGGGUGGUGGAGCUUUGGGCCAUCCUAAAGUGUAUAUCAAUUUAGACAAAGAAACAAAAACCGGAACCUGUGGAUACUGUGGGCUUCAAUUUAAACAGAAGCAUCAUCACUAAACUGAGCUCUGAAUGUUUCUUGUGUUAAAAUCAUAACCAAUAAAUAUAUUUAAUAACUGUCAA